CGGCAGCGGGGGCAGCGGCGGCAGCGCGGCGCUCAGACCCUGGCGGGAGGCGGCAGCGGUUGGAGGCUUCGCCGGCUGUGCAGCGCGGACUUCGGCGGCGGUGGCGGCGGCGCCUCAAGCUCCUCGGCCCUGGUGUGGGGAAUGGAGGCUGGAACUCGGAUCCUUGUGAAUGAUAAGACGUGAGCUUAACGGGGUGCACCACUGCCCGGCCCCCCGGGAGUGUCGGCAUUUAGCAUUGACUCUUCUGAUUCUUCACCACGGGGUGUCCUUCCACUUCACUUUGUCUUUAGUUUCUUCCAACAACACGAUGAGGCGAGUGGUACGACAGAGCAAGUUUCGGCAUGUGUUUGGACAAGCGGUGAAAAAUGACCAGUGUUACGAUGACAUCCGUGUCUCUCGAGUGACCUGGGACAGUUCCUUUUGCGCCGUCAAUCCCCGAUUUGUCGCCAUAAUCAUAGAAGCGAGCGGAGGAGGAGCAUUCCUCGUGCUUCCUUUGCACAAGACCGGUCGAAUCGACAAAUCCUACCCCACAGUAUGCGGCCACACAGGACCCGUGCUCGACAUAGACUGGUGUCCGCACAACGACCAGGUCAUUGCCAGUGGAUCAGAGGACUGCACGGUCAUGGUGUGGCAGAUCCCAGAAAACGGACUCACCCUUUCCCUGACUGAACCUGUGGUGAUCUUAGAAGGCCACUCCAAGCGCGUGGGCAUCGUGGCCUGGCAUCCGACAGCCCGCAACGUGCUCCUCAGUGCAGGGUGUGACAACGCCAUCAUCAUCUGGAACGUGGGCACGGGGGAAGCCCUCAUCAACUUGGACGACAUGCAUUCGGACAUGAUCUACAACGUCAGCUGGAACAGGAACGGCAGCCUAAUCUGCACAGCUUCCAAAGACAAGAAAGUGCGGGUCAUCGACCCCAGGAAGCAGGAGAUUAUUGCUGAAAAGGAGAAGGCGCAUGAAGGAGCGCGGCCCAUGAGAGCCAUCUUCCUGGCCGACGGGAACGUCUUCACCACUGGCUUCAGCCGCAUGAGCGAGCGGCAGCUGGCUCUCUGGAACCCGAAAAACAUGCAGGAACCCAUUGCUCUCCACGAGAUGGACACGAGUAAUGGGGUGUUACUGCCUUUCUACGACCCUGACACCAGCAUCAUCUACCUAUGUGGAAAGGGCGACAGCAGCAUCCGUUACUUUGAGAUCACGGAUGAAUCCCCGUACGUCCACUACCUCAAUACAUUCAGCAGCAAGGAGCCGCAGAGGGGGAUGGGCUACAUGUCCAAGAGAGGGCUUGACGUGAACAGAUGCGAGAUCGCCAGAUUCUUCAAACUCCACGAGCGGAAGUGUGAGCCUAUUAUCAUGACUGUUCCCAGGAAGUCGGACCUUUUCCAAGACGAUCUGUAUCCUGACACGGCCGGGCCCGAGGCAGCAUUGGAGGCGGAAGAGUGGUUUGAGGGGAAGAACGCAGACCCCAUCCUCAUCUCCCUGAAGUACGGCUACAUCCCCGGCAAAAACAGGGAUCUCAAGGUGGUCAAGAAGAACAUUCUGGAUAACAAGCCCACUGCAAACAAGAAGUGUGACCUGAUCAGUGCCCCCAAAAAGACUGCAGACACGACCGGCGUGCAAAACGAAGCCAAGUUGGACGAGAUUUUAAAAGAGAUCAAAUCUAUAAAAGACACAAUCUGCAAUCAAGACGAACGCAUUUCCAAGUUAGAACAGCAGAUGGCGAAGAUCGCAGCCUGAAGACUCACCCCUCACCCCCCCGAAAUGGGAGCAAGGACUUGCGCUGGGUUGCUGUUGUGGGUAUAGCGGGGUGGGGGGGAAUGCCACCCGGAGACACUCCACCCCCGCCCGUCAGCCGCACGGGCCGUGGUCCAGUGAGGACUCAGUCUCUCCCCGAUUUGCAGAAACAAAAUGUGAUUCUGAAAGCUGAACUUUUUAAUCAGAAAGCUGUUUUUUUUUUUUAAGAUGGGGGAUGUUCUAAGUGUUAAUGUGACUUGCUGAAGUUUUAAAAGACAAAAGUGCUACUUUUAAAUCCCAGAUCUUCUGAGUUUUAGACAGCAGACCCAUUCUGAUUCAAUGUCACGCCCAAGUACCUUUCUUUUUAUAUAUAUAUACACACAAAUAGGGACCAAUGCCACGUUGCUUUUUAAAUCUUUUUUUUUUAACAUUGCCAAAACCAAAAGUAGCUUUUUUUCCCAUUGUAUUUUGCUACUUUGCAGUAUUUGUUAGCGGGAUUCUUUUUUUUUUCCCCCUUAAUUUGAAAGGGACAGCACUGUGUAUGUUUAUAAACUAAAUGAAGAUAUUAUUUUAUACAAACUCUCAUCUGAGAACAAUCAGCAACGGCCCCGCCAGCCCAUGGGCCUGGCCAGGGGGACCCAGAGAGUCACAUGGUCACCUGUCCCUGCUCCUUGCUUUCACUUCUCCCUGAGCCUCCUCAUCCCCAAAGCCACUCGGCCUCUUCCCCUUCCCCCCCACCCCCACCCCCCCAGGAAUUAGGUGGUUGUACCAGAGUGAGGUGCUGCUUCCUGGUUACCCUGUGCUUCGGAUGAUUAUAAGCUGACCUGAA